UUUCCGGCUGCGCACGUGAUGUAGAUUGCAAACGGAGAGGCGGGACAGUGAUAGAGUUUUCCAAAUGGAUUCCCCCUCAGAGAAUGGAAUCUCUGAUGACCACAAUGGCGAGGCAGAUAGUUCGGACACUCCGUCCACACCAGGGAAGUCUUUUGAACCAGCCUUCACAGUCAAAGUGACGGAAGCUGUGAAAAAUGGAGAUGCGGUUUUGUAUACUGUCUGUAGUAAGGAGGUAACAGGAGACACCCCAGAAGUGACAGUCUCACGGCAGUUUGAAGAUUUUGAAUGGCUUCAACAUUGUCUUAUGAUUAAAGAUAAUGUGGCUGGAGUUAUAUUUCCACCUCUGCCCCCAAAGCCUAUCGUAGAUUCUAAAUCUGCAGAAAAACAGACAAAGAAGCAGUUAGGAAAGGAUGCCAAGGUCCUAAUGGGGGACACGUUUGUCAAGGACUGCAGGAGUAUAGAAAAAUAUUUAAAACUUGUCGUCAAUCACCCAGAGCUGGGGUCUGAUAAUACGCUACGGAAAUUCCUCACUGAAGAAGAGGCUCCAGUGAGAACAAAGGUCAAACAGGGUCUCCUUACCAAACUAAGCUCUGCCGUGUCUAGGAAGGACAGUAAGAAGGAUAUAGAGGAAUAUUUCCAGAAAGAAAGGGACUGGGUCAAUGACUAUGCAGUCCUGAUCAAGGAAAUGUCAUCAGCUUUUAACAAAGUUGUAUAUGCAGAGCAAAGGUUAUCAGUUGCACAUUCCCAUUUAUCAGCCUCAUUGAACUCCGGAGGGGCUGAGAGAGAUGACGACAGCACUGAACUCAGCAAAAGUCUAGUCAAGUUUUCAGAAGCAAUUGAAGAUAUGAAGCAUAGCUUGGAUGUAGACAUUAUCAAUAAUGGAAGAACACUGGGGUUUCAGUUGGAGCUAUAUGCAAGAUUUCUGCAGUCUGCUAAGGACAUGCUGCACCAAAGAACCAGUCUUCUCAUUCAGUAUGAGGACGCCAACAGAGCUUUUGACAAGGCCAAGCCUCAGAAAAAAGAUGCAGCAGAGCAAGCCAAGCAAGCAGCUGAGACAGCCUUUGAGUCCUGCAGUGAUAUAGCUAGAUCAGAGCUGAAACGGUUCCAUCAGGCUCGGAUCUACGCCCUACAAGAGGGCCUCGUGAAGUACGCCGACGCCAAAAUCAAAACUAGUCGAGAUACAUACGCCCUGCUUGCCAAGUCUCUGACGGCCCUGAAGCAAUUGGACUCUGGAGAAUGAUCCACAAGAUGUGGGGAGGGGGAGGGGUGGGGUUUACUCUUCUGUCGCUCAGAUUUUUUUAAGCAGACGAUAUCCUGGUGGUCAUUCGUCCGCGAGAGGUCUCAAGCUAGGACAAAAUUCUGCGCAGAAAUUUGAGUCUGGGACUUGUUUAUCAAAACAAUUAUAAAACUGUAUGGCAGAUAUAGGCGUUCGUAUAUAAACUGCCAGUAUGAGGAACAUUUCUCAACUUUUUUCAAUGUUAAAAAGAAGUCUAAGAUUUAUAAACCGUAAUCGAAAUGAAAAAUUGUGUAUACUACACUAUGUUUUAAAAUGGAGUUAUGUCAGAUUUGCAGUCCUUAUAUAUUAGACCAAUGGGUCAAAAUGUUCAAGAGGCACUUUUUGUUAUUGUUGAGCGUUACGCAGAAACCCUAAUUACUCUGCCUGACAGUAAUCUUUAUAAUGACGAUGGCAGCGUGUUUGUUUACUCUUAAUUGAAUACAUAUGGCGACUGAAGGUAACAUUGUUAGGGAUAAGAAUCAAAAACAAGGUGAAUGUUCUUAGGGAGUGUCCAGAGGUUUCACCUUGUCAUAAAUUUCUUCUGUAGAAAUCCCAUACCCGUACUUUUGAAUACUACCCACGGUACGCGUGCAAUUUGAGAAACGAUUACACACGAACAUUGUGUAAUUUUACAUCAUAAUUUCAUACUUCGACGACUGUAAAGUUAUACGAAGCUGUCAAUGGUAUAUGAGUGCAAUAAGUCAAAAAGUCAAUUUUCCGUAGCUGAGGUAAUUAGACAGCAAAUGAAAUGUGACAUAGAUUUGCUGUCUUGGGUAGAUUUUGGAUAUACCACAAACCUCUUCAACCAAGCAGUAAUUGAUCGAGCUUUAGGGAUGGUAAUUUCCUUAUCACAUCACUGCAUGACUGACUUAUCCAUGCCAAGAAACGCAGAUGAGGAUGAGGGUCUUUAAGGGGUGUCUGGGUGGGGUAAGAGGGUUGCACCCCGCCCAGCCCCGACUGCACAAUAUUUGGGUGUUAUUCGGUGUGCUUUGGGGCAACCUUGAGGACUUUGGUACAUCUUGGUUCAGCCUUUCCUCCCUGUUUGUAAAAAAGUCUCGAGUCGAAUUCACCAUUUUGUUACGGAAGUGGGAAUGGUUUUGGGGGGAGGGGUGCUGUGUCUGUCAUCGCCUUGUGUACGUAAUUAUUGUUGUUAUGGAGACUCUGCAGUAAUAGAGAUAGGAAAAUAUGUCCAAUAUCUCCUAAUGUUAAGUGGAAAGAUAGAGGAAAUGUAUUGAAUUUUGUAUGAAAUAUGAAGAGAUCGACGGGACCAGUAUAAUGAAAGGGGCACCCAUAUGAUUUUUACAUCACUGCGAAAUACUAGUUAAUAUGUACAUUGUAAGUAGCUGUAGUUAUUUCCUAUAUCCUACUCGUGUACAAGUGUACUUGAUUUCCAGUAUUUGUUUGUUAAUUACACGGUUUUCAGUCCUUGAGUAAGUGACUUGUAUUUGUCUGUGAUUCUGUUGUUGUAGAACAGUGCCAAUGUGUUGAUUUUUUUUUUU